AUGAGACUUGUUAUUACAUCGCUCUUGUUGGUGGCAAAGGCGUCAGCUGGAGUCGUGGACAGACCAAUUCUUGUGUCGGACUCAGAGAUUCAGUCUUUCUUACAACCGAAUGGGAUGGAGCCAGAAUACCUCUCUGACCGAGCUGUAUGUACCGGUCCAGCUAUAGGCACGCAAGCCAAAUACUGGUUGGACGCUCAAGAUCACACCGGGAAUGCGAGAGGUUACGCUCCCUUCCUCGGAACCGACUACACCUAUCCUGUCUAUCGCAACGUAAAAACGGCACCUUACACUGCCAAGGGCAAUGCGGCAGCAGAUGAUACGGCUGCCCUUCAAUAUGCCCUGAACAACGACGGGAGUGGUGGAACUCGCUAUAAAAAUGGAGUCACGAUCCGGCCCGCCGUUGUCUUCGUGCCCGGCGGCACCUAUAUGAUUUCAGCGACUCUGGACAUGCGUCUGAACACCAUCCUCAUUGGAGAUCCGGCGAAUCCGCCCGUUUUUAAAGCUACUUCGGCCUUCAGUGGGACCAAUCUGAUCCAAGGAUACGACUUUGGGGCGGGUGACCCAACGACCAACUUUUUCGUGGCUCUGAAGAACAUUGUCAUCGAUACUACGAGUAUCGAUAAAGCUAAAUCGGUCACGGGUCUUGGCUGGGGCAUCUCUCAAGCUUGCCACCUCACCAAUAUCAAGAUCAACAUGCCCACGGAUUCUGGAGGUCAUGUUGGCAUCGACAUGACUGCAGGGUCUGCGAUUACAGUCUCUGAUGUAUCUUUCGUUGGCGGCUCGAUUGGCAUCCGAGUCAACAACCAGCAAGUGAACCUCAAAAAUCUUAAUUUCUUAUACUGCACUACGGCCAUAAAAUUUGGUGGAGGCAAGACCGCAGUCAUCCAGGGGAGCAAGAUCGAUACCUGUGGUCGUGGAGUCGACACUACCAAUAGCGGCCAGCUUGGGUUUCUUGCCAUUCUCGACACCAACGUCGUCAAUUCUGGCCCGGUCAUCACUUUCCACGACUCAUCGAACGAUUCUGGGGAUCGCAAUAAUCAGAUCGUCAUUGAAAACCUGUCGCACUCCGGUACUAAUCCAAUAGCUGUUGAUACCAACGGAAACGUCAAGCUCGCAAGCACUGCCAGUGUUGACACCUGGAUCUGGGGUAACAAGAGUCCGGGUGGUUACACCUCAGGAGCUUUGUCUGCGACCCCCCGCCCGGCUGCCCUCCUAUCAGGGGGCAAGUACUUGAUGAAGACUCAGCCCACCUAUGGCCAGUACGCAUCCGAUCAGUUCGUCAACGUCAAGUCUGUGGCGGGGUUCCAGGUCUUUGGCGAUGGCUCCACGGACGAUGCGGCCUCGCUUAACGCGAUCCUCCUCCAGAAUGCCGCCAACUGCAAGAUAACAUACUUUCCCUAUGGUGUGUACAUCGUCAAGAGCACGCUCUACAUCCCACCCGGAUCCCGGAUCGUCGGAGAAGCCUGGCCCGUCAUCUCCGGAAGUGGCGCGGCUUUCACCAAUGCAGCAAGCCCGGCUCCCGUUGUGAAGGUAGGAAACGCCGGUGAAAUCGGCCUCGCCGAGAUCCAGGACAUGCGUUUCACCGUGGCGGGGAUCUUGCCCGGCGCCACCAUCCUGCAGGUCAACAUGGCGGGCUCCAACCCCGGCGACGUCGCCUUCUGGAACACGCACGUCACGGUCGGAGGAGCCGCCGAUUCCCAAGUCAACACCGCCUGCGGAUCUGGCAACACGGCAGGCUGCAAAGCCGCGUUCGCCCUGGUCCACCUCACGGCCUCCUCGAGCGCCUACAUCGAGAACAUGUGGGGCUGGAUCGCAGACCACUCCCUCGACGGGGGCUCAGCGCAGAACAUUGCCGUCGGCCGCGGCCUCCUCGUCGAAGCCACCAAGGGGACCUGGAUCGCCGGCGCCAGCUUCGAGCACUGCGUACUCUACAGCUACAACUUCCACCGCGCGCAGAACGUCUUCGUCGGCAUGCUGCAGUCGGAAACCGCGUACUGGCAAGGGGAGGGCGCCCAGCAGAACGCCCCCGCCCCGUGGACGGCCAGCGCGACGGUCGGCGACCCGGAUUACUCCUGGUGCGGAGGGAGCGACCAGAAGUGCCGGAUGGGCGUCCACGCCAACAUCGACGGCGGGAAAAACCUCUUCCUCUAUGCGGCUGGCUUCUGGACCUUCUUCCACGGCGAGACGCAGACGAGGUAUAACGCGCCCGAGACGGUCUGUGGGAGCGACUGCAUCACCAACCAGAUCCGGGUCACGGGCGCCCCGAAGGCUCUGUACUGGUUUGGGAUAGCGACCAAGUCUGGCACGACCAUGGUGCUGGAUGGGGUGUCGAACCCAACGCAGUUUAAUAACCCUGGUGGCUGGAGUCCUGGCGGGGUCAUUGCAGCGUAUUUACAGUUCUCUGCCGCCUGA